AUGGACUCGGCAUCAACAACUUUGAGGCCCAGAUCCAGUCGCCAUGGGUCAAUCCGAUCGGAGGACUGGCCUGGGGAGGUCAGCGUUCCGAUCUCCCCACACCGCGAACGGAAGCAUGUCAGUGGAGAGGGGCGAAAUGCCGGGGUCAAAGUCUUGAACGAUGGAAGGGUUGAUAUCAAAAUCAACGAGCAUAUGCCACAACUAGCAGGGCUAUUACAUCGCAUCCAAACGACAACUCGGCCACCAGAUCUAGAGGGCAAACCGACCCCUGAACCAAUACCGAAGGAUAAGGGCAAAGACUUCCCACUGAAGCUGAACAUCGUCAUACAAGUUAUCGGAUCUCGGGGUGAUAUCCAGCCGUUCAUUGCGCUGGGGAAGGAGUUGAAGGCAUGUGGACACCGCGUACGUCUGGCAACACACCUCUAUUUCCGGGAUUUUGUACUUGAGGGCGGCUUGGAGUUCUUCAGCAUCGGUGGAGACCCCGAACAACUGAUGGCAUUCAUGGUCGAGAACCCAUCCUUACUCCCCGCAUUCAGCACGAUUCGCAGUGGUGCCAUACAAAAACGCCGGCGCGAAAUGAAGGACAUUAUAUACGGCUGUUGGAGGUCAUGUAUUGAAACAGGCGACGGCACAGAUAUGCAUCAAAUCAAAGAGGAUCUCUGGAGUGACACUGUGGAUUAUCGUCGGAGGCCGUUUGUUGCCGAUGCAAUAAUCGCCAAUCCGCCCAGUUUGGGCCAUGUUCAUUGCGCACAGCGGCUGGGAAUUCCACUUCAUCUGAUGUUUACAAUGCCCUGGUCGCCUACACAGUCGUUUCCACAUCCUUUAGCCGUUCUCCACCCGCAGGAUUGCAAGCCAACAGUCGCAAACCUCGUGUCUUAUUCCGUUGUGGAUAUGCUGAUUUGGGAAGGAUUGGGAGAUCUUGUGAACUCGUGGCGGAAGAAGUGCCUCGCACUCGAUCCGUUAGAUUCGAUCACGGCGCCGAGUUUGCCCCAGCGUCUCGGCGUUCCGUUCUCAUAUCUGUGGUCGCCGGCAUUGUUGCCAAAGCCAGCCGACUGGGGUGAUCAAAUAGAUAUUUGCGGAUUUUGUGUGCUACCUAGAAAGUCAAACUACCAACCCCCAAAAGAGAUCGAAGAUUUCCUCAAAGCAGGGCCCACUCCACUCUACGUUGGAUUCGGCUCAAUUGUGGUUCAAGACCAAGUCAAGCUAACUCGAAUCGUGUUCGAAGCGAUAAACCUUUCAGGGCAACGUGCAAUCAUUUCAAAAGGCUGGGGAAACCUCGGAAUCGACGAUGCCGACGUGCCAGAUAAUAUCCUCAUUGUCGGCAGCAUACCACAUGACUGGUUAUUCCAGCACGUAUCAUGCGUCAUCCAUCAUGGCGGUGCAGGUACCACUGCCGCAGGGCUUGCGCUUGGACGUCCGACGAUCAUCGUUCCCUUCUUUGGAGAUCAACAAUUCUGGGGAGGAAUCGUGGCGAUGGCUGGGGCCGGGCCGAUGCCUGUCCCGUACAAGCAACUCACAGUUGAGAAGUUGACCGAUGCAAUUAAGACAGCAUUGCUACCUUCAACUCAAGCGAAGGCUCAAGAAAUUGCGGAUAAGAUGCGGACAGAGUCCGGUGUGCGGGAUGGAGUACGCAGCUUUCAUCGUCAUCUUAACUUGAAGACUUUACAAUGCGCAAUAUGUCCUACUCGUCCUGCUGUGUGGCACAUUAAGCAAACUUCCAUUGGGCUGAGUGCCUUUGCUGCAGCAGUACUGGUUGAAAUGGGGGCUAUCAAACCCGAGGAUGUCGCUUUGAACCGAGCAGAGGAAUAUGACACAUACCGUAAUCCUGUCGGCCCAAUUAGCGCAGGAGCUCAGGUGCUAGUUGGAGCGAUUGCGAACUUCGUGACUGGGAUCGGUGAGGUCCCUUAUGACAUCGUUGUGGAUUUUGUCGAGGCCGGUCGUGCAAUAGGUCAUACUCGUGAUCGCAGUGGUUCCUCAAGGUUUUCAUUUGGCAAAUCCCGCAAAAGUCAUGAUUCAAGCCUGGAUAGUGAUGACGAUGAGUAUCAUGAACCUGCCGAGUAUCAUGGGCCUGCCGAGUGCCAUGAUGGACUUGGAUCAAAUGGUAAUGAUUUGAUGAACCUCGACACGAACGACAGCGAGAAGGACCACAUAAGACACAACAGAAUGAACCAUGAGUUACCAGCUAGUGCCGUGGGCCAAAAACAAGGCAUACCGAUUGACCAGAAGAAACUAUUGAGUUAUAUAGAGACACCCCAUGGGCAGGGUGUUAUCUACGAAAUACGUACUCACGGUAGUCGAAUGUCGAAAAAGUUACUAAAAAGCAUACUCUGGCUCCCGACAGACUUGACUCUCAGCUUGUCCAAAGGAUUUCACAAUGCGCCGAUGUUGUACCACGACCGAAUGGUGAAAGAUAUGCCCAAGGUUAUGGGCUUCCGUAGUGGACUCGCGGCAGCUGGAACGGAACUUCGAGAUGGAUUUUAUUACGGUAUCACGGGUCUGGUCACCCAGCCUCAGAUUGGCGCCAAGCAACAAGGAGCGAAAGGAAUGAUCAAGGGAAUCGGGAAAGGGAUUGGGGGUGUUAUCUUCAAGCCACCAGCAGGUCUCUGGGGACUCUUUGGAUAUCCCUUGGUUGGAAUUCGCAGACAACUUCAAAAGUCGCUAGGCAAGAACGUGGAGCUUUCUAUUAUGGCAUCUCGGAUAGCGCAAGGCAUUGAAGACAUGCGGACAUCGACCGCUGACGACCGGGCAGAGGUUGCUAGAAAAUGGCAUAUUCUUGAAGAGGAGCUUCAUGCCUCUUACUAA